AUGGAUUCUUCUAUGAGCCCCUUCGACACCAAUGGCAACGAUAGUUCUGCCAAGUACAUUGCCGACAAGGCUGGCAGCCGCAAUGAGGCAGUCAUCAUCGGAGGAGUCAUGGUCGGCUCUGUUUUCUUCGUCGCCAUCGUCGGAGUGGCUUGCAUGUUCUUCAGGGAGCGGUCUCGAAAGAUGAAGGACCAGCUGGCCGCAACCAAGACUGUCAGCGCCUCUGAGUAUGUUUGA